UCAAGGCUGAUAGAAGAUGGCUUCGACAGUGAGAAUUACGUCAACUGCAAAUACACUAAAUUCUAUAGAAAAUCAAACCAGCGACGAGGAUGGCCAGAAUUUAUGGUCCUCUAUUUUGAGUGAGGUAUCGACGCGUUCACGGUCAAAAUUGCCGUCUGGGAAAAAUGUUCUUAUUAUGGGUGAGACGGGGGCAGGGAAGACCACUCUCAUAGCCAAACUGCAGGGAGUUGAAGAAUACAUGAAAGGCAGAGGACUGGAGUACCUGUACUUUAACGUUCACGAUGAUGACAUCGAUGAUCAUGCUAUGUGUAACGCAUGGAUUCUGGACGGUGACCUGUACCACAAAGGCCUCCAGAAGUUUGCUGUGUGUGGGGAGAACAUGGCCGACACUAUGGCCCUGCUGGUAGUGGACAUGUCCAGGCCGUGGAUGGUGCUGGACUCUCUGCAGAAGUGGGCCAGUGUGCUACGAGAACACAUCGACAAGCUCCGAGUCAACCCAGAGACACUGAGGCACAUGGAACAGAGAUUGGUCCGCCAGUUCCAGGAGUACACAGAGCCAGGGGGCGACCACAGCGCCUCUCCCAAGAGGAGGAACCCCGUGGCCGGGGAGGCUGAGGAGGAGAGUGUGCUGCUCCCCUUGGGAGAGAACACACUCACACACAACCUGGGCGUGCCUGUUAUGGUGGUGUGUACAAAGUGUGACACGUUUCUCAGUCUAGAGAAAGAGCAUGACUACCGGGAAGAACACUUUGACUUCAUCCAGUCUCACAUCCGACACUUCUGCUUGCAGUAUGGCGCAGCGCUGCUAUACACAUCAAUGAAGGAAAACAAAAACCUAGACCUAUUGUAUAAAUACCUGGUCCAUAGAUUAUACGGGUUUCCCUUUGACAUGCUGGCCCAGGUGGUGGACAAAGACUCAGUAUUCAUCCCAUCAGGAUGGGAUAAUGAAAAAAAGGUUGCCAUUUUAUAUGAGAACUUUCAGUCGUUGAAAAGGGAAGACAAGUUUGAGGAGGUUAUCGUCCAGCCUCCUGUUAGAAAGUUUGUACAUGAAAAGGAACUAGGUGCGGAGGAUGACCAAGUGUUUCUCCUAAAGCUUCAGACCCUGUUGUCUAAGCAGCCCCCAGCGGCAGCAGGCAGACCAGUGGACACCUCAAACAGAGCACCCACUGGGUCUCCACGGGUGUCAAAUCGCUCGGCAACAGCAAAGCGUGGCCAAUGUGAUGCCCAUGCAACCCGGCGGGCAGACCAGCUUAGGGCGUGCUGGCUAACUUCUUCAACAGUCUGUUGA